AUGCCGCUGGCUGUUCCUGUCCAGAAGCAAAAUUAUGCUGUGGCAAUACCAUCUCAGCUCUAUUACCCCUUCUCAGAGACAGUGUGCCUCCAACUCAGCAGAAAGGAAGCAGUCCCGAUCCAUGUGACAGUCCCUCCUCCUGUUGGAAACCCCGAUGAAGUGGCUUUUAUUGGGAUCACAGUCCUGGAAGCCAACUCAGAGUAUCAGAAGAAACAGAAAGUCCUAAUCAAGCACACAGACAAGAAGACUUUUAUCCAGACAGACAAACCUGUGUACAAACCUGGACAGAUUGUCAAGUUGCGAAUUGUAACCUUGGAUCAGAACUUUAUUGCCAGCAAUGAAAUGGACCCCAAAGGGAACCGAAUUGCACAGUGGCUGAAUGUUACACCUGUGGGUGGCAUUGUGGAUCUGUCCUUCCCUCUGGCUGCAGAAGCACCAGUUGGAGAGUACACCAUCAAAAUGCCUGACCGCACACAUACCUUCAGGGUAGAGGAGUAUGUGCUGCCCAAGUUCAGUGUCUCCAUCCAGAUGCCUCAGGUGGUCACCAUCUUGGAGGAGAACUUCCAUCUCCGUAUCUGUGGCAUGUACACAUACGGGAAACCAGUCCAAGGUAGUGUGAAGGCUGUGGUGUGCCGUAAACAUAUCCGCUAUAAUCGGAAGUCUUCCAAAGCCAAGCGCAGUAUUUGUAAGGAUUACACUGGCGAGACAAACGAGGAUGGCUGCUUUGCCACUGAGGUGAAUAUUAAGAUCUACCACCAGAAGCGUGAUGACAAUUAUGAUUUCAACCUGGAAGCUGUGGCUUUUCUGAAAGAAAGUGGAACAGGGGUGGAGUUCAACACCACUGAAAACUGCAAGGUCACUUUUGAUAUCACAACUCUCCAAUUCUGGGGGACAAGCUACUACUAUCAACAAGGAGCUCCCUACUAUGGAAAUCUGGAACUCAAAAGUGCCAAUGGGACACACCUGAAGAACAAGGAGGUGAUUCUUACAGUGUCCUAUGGUAGCAAGAAGCAGACCAAGACCUACUUAACGGAUGCCACUGGGAUGGCCUCUUUCACCUUAGAGACCCGCAGCUCUGUGAGGAUCCAGCCAGUGCAGGCAAUGCUGCCCUGCAGGGAUGUGCAGCAGGUCACUGUGCACUAUCGCAUCCUAGCCACGGAGCUGGGGGACGGGGCUGCCAGAGCAGACUUCUACCACCUGGUUUUGGCCAGAGGAUCCCUCGUACACCAUGGACAAACAACAGUACUUCUUGAUCCACCAUUAGGUCAGUAUAGUGGGGCUUUCAAUGUCACUCUGCCCAUUGACCUCAUUUCACCCAUGGCUACCCUCUUUGUUUACACUGCCUUCCCUGAGGGACAAGUGGCAGCUGACACCUUCGGUCUGAAAGUCUCCAAGUGCUUCAGGAACCAUGUGAAGCUUGGCUUCUCAGACACAGUGGCUCUCCCAGGAUCGGCUGUCCAUCUCCAUUUGCAGGCUGCACCAGGCUCCCUAUGUAGCAUCCGCGCUGUAGACCAGAGCGUACUUCUCCUGAGGCCAGAGGCUGAGUUAACCAGGGAUACUGUGUACCGUAUGUUCAGCUAUUCUCAGGAGCACCCCAGCACCCUCACAGACUCUUACAGUGAGUACUGUACUAUCCACAAGAGCCCAGGAAUCAUCGGUUCUCCUCAGACCACCCUUCCACCGGGAACAAUGUCACCAUUCAUGUACAACAGACUCUCUUAUGCAGUGUCCCAACCAGAUCCUUAUGAACUUCUGAAGAAUUCAGGUCUAACAUUUUUAACCAGCCUUAAAAUCAAGUCUCCCAUUGAGUGCCGCACCCAGACCACUUUCUACUACGACUACAUGUCUUAUGGCGAGCUGGCAGACUUGGACAACUUGGACCCAGAAACAGAUGCUGCUGUUGAACGUGCUGAGUCAGAGCACGUUGAGCUGGGUAGCGAGGCAGGGCCAGUACGUACCUGGUUUCCAGAGACAUUCAUCUGGACUCUGGUUCCCAUCAAUGAUUCAGGGGCUGCUGAGCUAGCUGUCACAGUACCUGACAGUAUCACAGACUGGAGAGCCAUGACCUUCUGCACCUCAGAGAGCCAUGGGCUGGGAAUCUCAGAGACCACCAGCCUGCGGAGCUUCAAGCCCUUCUUCGUGGAACCCACUUUGCCCUACUCUGUCUUCCGGGGAGAGUCAUUUCCCCUGAAAAUCAAAGUCUUCAGCUACCUGAAGCAGUGCAUGGUGCUCCAGCUUAGCCUAAUGGACACCAGGGAUUUUGAAUUUGUGCAUGCAAAUGUCAGGUUCACUAUUUGUCUGUGUCCUGAUUCAGCAAAAACAUUUUUCUGGGAUGUGAAGGCUACAAAAUUAGGGAAGGUGAAUUUCACUGUCACUGCUGAGGUGAUGGAGCAGGAAGAUGUUUGCACUGAGAGUGCAGCUGUUGUGCCAGAGUCUGGAGGGAAGGACACAGUGGUUAAACACCUGUUGGUGAAGGCAGAGGGGCUGCUGGAGGAAAAGACCCACACCUCACUCCUGUGCCCUAAAGGUAGGUAAACUUCAGCUUCAGAGACACUCACUUUCACUAUGCCAGAGAACACGGUCCUUGGGUCGGAGAGAGCCCACAUCUCUUUCUUAGGUGACAUUUUGGGGACAGCACUGGACAACAUAGAUGAGCUCCUCCAGAUGUCCAGUGGCUGUGGUGAGCAGAACAUGGUUCAUUUUGCCCCCAAUGUCUUUAUCACACGAUACCUUGAAGAAACAGGACAACUGACUCCAGAAAUCAAACAGAAGGCAAUUGGCUAUCUGGAAAGCGGCUAUCAGCAGCAGCUCCUGUACAAGCACACAGACGGCUCAUACAGUGCCUUUGGGGAAGGAAGUGAACCAGGGAAUACAUGGCUUACUGCCCUUGUCCUCAAGACCUUCAGCCAAGCCCGGGACUUCAUCCACAUAGAUGAGCAGAAUAUAAAGGAUGCUGCCAGUGCCCUGAUUAAAAGUCAGACUCCAUCUGGCUGCUUCAAGAGCGUGGGGAAGCUCUUCAACAAUGGUCUGAUGGACCCAGUUGUGUGGAAAGGUCUGAAAUGUAUAAAGGACCUGGUCAAUGCUGAUACUGGCAGUUCCAACCUCUACGGCCUGGCACUAGCUGCAAACGCCUUUGCAGUAGCAGGUGAUAAGGCCCUCAGGCAGAAAAUCCUCAAAAGAUUGGACGAGGCCGCCAUAAUAUCAGAUGACCAAAUAUUCUGGAGUCAACAGUCCAAACGGGAAGAAGACUCCAUAUAUUGGUAUCGGGCUCCAUCUGUUGAUGUGGAACUGACAUCUACUAUCCUCAUGGCUCACCUUUCAAAGUCAAGUUUGUCUUCAGAUGAAAUCAGAAAGGCAUCCCAGAUUGUGUCUUGGCUCACCAAUCAGCAAAACCCUUAUGGAGGCUUUGCUUCAACCCAGGACACAGUGGUUGCUCUGGAAGCCCUAGCCCUGUAUGCAACCAAGACCUUCAGCAAGGAUGGCCCUGAUCUUCAUGCUUCUCUCUCCUCUGAGGGUUUCCACCAAAACAUCCGAGUAGACAACACCAAUCGCCUCCUGCUGCAGACAGUGGAGCUGCCAGCUAUUCCCCGAGAUUAUACUGUGCGUGUGCAGGGUCAUGGGUGCCUCUUCCUGCAGGCCAUUCUGCGGUACCACAUCCCUCCACUGAGGAGCGACGUCACCUUUGCUGUAUCUGUGCAGACAGAGUGCACUGCACCCAACGCCACCCAGUUCCCUGUCACCAUUCAUGCUCGCUACACAGGGAACCGUGUGUCCACCAACAUGGUCCUGAUCCAAGUGGAGCUGCUGUCUGGAUACAGCCCUGUGGCAGGUUCACUGGAAGAGCUAAAGAAAAUGCCUUUAGUGAAGAAAGUUGAAAGCGAAGCUGACCGAGUCAUUCUCUACCUGGAGGAACUGACUAGACAGCCUCACACCUACACUUUGCUGGUGCAGCAGGACAUGCAAGUGAAGGAUCGUAAGCCAGCUAAUGUCAAGGUCUACGAUUACUACAUGCCAGAAGAAACUACAGUGAUGAGCUACCGUGCCCCGUGCGAGUGA